CGCGACUCUACCGGAAGCCACAGCGGAUUGAACAGAAAGUGGAAGAGACUGAAUCACAAUGAACACCCGAGGACUCCGAUCUCAGCUGAAGGACAGUGUCCCGGUGGUAGGCCUCCAUCCACAGGGACAGUAUGGAAUCCAGGACUCUCUGCGGAGCGGAUUUACCAGCGUAAAGAAUGAGCUCCUGCCCAGCCACCCACUGGAGCUGUCCGAAAAGAACUUCCAGCUGAACCAGGACAAGAUGAAUUUCUCGACUCUGAGAAACAUCCAGGGUCUUCAUGCUCCACUCAAACUGCAGAUGGAGUACAGGGCAGCCAGACAGAUCCAGCGCCUGCCGUUCUUACAGAGCUCAAACCUGGCUCUAGAUACGCUGCGAGGCACCGACGAGUCCAUCGGCUUCGAGGACAUCCUCGGCGAUCCAGGCCAGAGUGAAAUGAUGGGAGAGCCUCACAUGAUGGUGGAAUACAAACUGGGAAUGUUAAUGUGAAACAGAUCCACACAUACACACACAUGUAGUUCAUUAUUUGUUUUAUUGGUUCAUAAACAACAAGUCACCAACUCAGGCUCUGUGGAACUGUCACCAUCUGGGAAGGACAGGGGAUAAAUGAGGGUGUGGGAGGCGUGGGGGCAUAUAUCUGAAGAUUUCAUGAUCAGACACAUUCAGUGCUGCUUUUGUAUGAUUCCAACCUGUUAUUUCUAAUAAACUUCGUAACUCUU